AUGGCGCCCAGUUCGGUCUGCUCGUUGUGCAUCUCGACCCUAGGUCGUCGGAUGGCGCCUCGUGCCCUCAUCCAGCCGCCCCUGGCGCAACGCUUCGUUUCGCGACAGGCCAAGGCACGACCAUCUCGCAUGGUGCUCUCCGACAGAGUCCAUCAAUCCCCUGCCUCUGCUGAUAAGCACAGGUCGAGACGUGCCUCAAUCGAUGGCCCCUUUGCCGGGAUGAAUAGACGAACAGCAAAUGUUGACCGAAGUCGAGGAUCGAGGGAGGCGCGAGGGUCCUCAAGAAGAGAUUCCACCGACACGACUUCCCGCCGCGAUGAGCGACGAAAACCUGACGAUCGCAAGGCAUUGAAGAUGCAGCGCGCCUUGGCUACUGUUUCGUACGGACGGAGGACCAGUCUAAAGGACAAGAUGUCUCACUACGACACUUUUGACCAGUUUGACUUGCUGCCAAUUGUCAAAUCAGCCGUGACUGAGGAGCUGUUCAAGAACAUGGUCGACAUCAAACCGACACCGGUACAACGCCUGGCCAUUCCCGCGCUAUUGGGACAAGCAGGCCCCGGGGAGAACAAGACCCCUAGCACGGGGAUGGAGUCAUUCUUGCUGGCCGCAGAGACGGGUUCCGGAAAGACGCUGGCGUACCUCCUGCCCGCCAUCGACGCCCUCAAAAUCGCUGAAGCUGAAGACCCCGACAUCAAGGCAUACAAGGAGCGGUUUGAAGAAGAAAAGGCGCGCCAACAGGCGGCAAACUUCAAGGGAAGAACAUUCGACGAGCCACAUCCCACAAUGGCACGGCCAAAAGUCAUCGUCUUGGUGCCCACCGCCGAGCUGGCCCAGCAGGUCAUGAAAGUGUCCAAGUCCCUGUCACACGUUGCCAAAUUCAAAACGGAAAUGCUGUCCUCGGAUCUCAAGGCACAGCAGAUCCAGCGAAAUCUCUACGGGCCAAAGGGCGUCGAUGUCAUUGUUGCCACACCCCAUCUGCUCGCAUCCAUUGCGGACUCGGACCCAAACAUAUUAUCUCGAGUAUCUCACCUCAUUGUUGAUGAAGCGGAUUCCUUGCUCGACAGAAGCUUUGCGUCAGUUACGACAAGCAUCGUCGAGCGAGCCAUGCCAUCUAUGAAGAAGUUUGUGUGCUGCUCCGCUACCAUCCCCAAGAAACUGAACAAUUACUUGGCCACCAACUACCCCAAAAUGAUGCGCAUCACCACGCCCAACUUGCAUGCAAUUCCGCGACGGGUCCAGCUCGGCGUCAUUGACGUCUCAAAGGAUCCUUACCGGAAUAACAAGGAUCUUGCCUGUGCAGAUGCAAUCUAUACCAUUGGCAGAGAGGCGUCGGCGCACGAGGGACCUGUCAAGGGGGAGGUGGAUGUUCGUCGUGUACUAGUGUUCGUGAAUGAAAGAGAGAAGACGGAAGAGGUGGCAGAAUACUUGCGAUCCAAGGGCAUAGACGCCGAGGCCCUACACAGAGACACCCCGGAGAAACGGCACGGCGAAGUGCUCAGCAUGUUCACGUCGCCUGAGCCGCUACGAAUUUCAACGCCUGCAGCGGCGGCGGGCCGGCGUCGCUCUCUGUCCAACGUAAAGGCCUUGGUGGUUACGGAUCUGGCCUCCAGGGGCAUCGACACGGUAGCUGUGCGCCAUGUCAUUUUGUACGAUGUUCCGCACACCACUAUUGAUUUUAUUCAUCGACUGGGUCGAGCUGGACGAAUGGGUCGUCGUGGCAGGGGUAUUGUUCUGGUGGGCAACAAUGACCGAAAGGAUGUCGUUUCGGAGGUCAAGAACAGCAUGUUCAUGGGCCAGGCGCUCAUUUAA